AUGGUCUCCGAGUCGACCGUCAGCACUCGCACGUCGCUGAUUUCGCUGGACCCGGCUAUCGCAAGCCACAUCACAGGCACCACCCGCACCACGACCGUACCCGAGACCUCGCAACAUGGCUCCAGUCCAAGAAAGACCGCCAAAAUUGCAGACAGCGACGUAUCGCGAAGGCAUAUUAGGAACAAUUCUGCCCCGAACGUCAGUGGCAAGAAGAAAGUGGGAUCAUUAAAGCGGGUGAAGAACAGUACAGAGGUCUUGAGACAACGAUCCGCCAGGUCUUCCAAGAAGACAAAACCGUUGGACACGAUCCCCGACACAAGAUCGGGUCGCAAUUUCACGGUAGGCAACGUGGGCACUGGCGGAAUCCUGUACCUCAAGCCAUCCGCGAAACAAGCCCACCCACGUUCUGCAAUAUCUCCCCCCAGGUUGCCGACCACGGCGCCGCCAGCAUUGGGACAUGAAACCCAUACUUUGACGGACCAGAAACCUGUGUCGAACCCGUCAGUCACUUCGCACACCCGUUCGGCUUCCCCCAGACGAGUCAGAUCGUCGGACAGAAAGGUCGCCAUACCCAAUCAUGUUCGCUCGCAGUCCUUUUCAACAGUCGAGGAACGUCGUCGAUCCCCUUCAGCGUCCAAAUCAAAGACUGUGAGGAUCGUCAUUCACCGUCCUGAGAAUGGCCGGCCCAGCACAGCCGGUCAGUCCAUUGAGGAAGAGGAGGAGGAUGAAGGUCUGCCGACUCUCGAGGUCCCCAUUCCACACUACCGCAUUGGCACUUUCCGCUUCAGCACUCAAGGCACUCCCAUGCUGCGCGGUUCGUCAUUCACGAUAGGAUCGGCCACGCCUUCAGAUAUGACACCCACGCCAGGCCUCAUGCAGGCCGACCAAUAUUUUGGUGCUCCGCCAGCGUCCAGCUUAAAGGCAUUUGCAAAGCUGGACGCCGCCAUUCCCGGGCAGCCCGCAGGUCGCCAACGGUCAAAGUCGCAGCUUACGACCUCUUCCAACUCAACCUCGGCAACCACGUCCACAUCGGCAACCUCCAUUCCGCCCGAAGUCUUCGAUGAUUUGACCCAAGUCUAUGACGAUCCUUCGGUGGUUCGGUAUUGUCAGAAUGUGAGGGAGAUAACAGCCGCCACUCCAGCACGUAUCAUUGCCCAGAUCUCCUCUGACUCCUUCAUGGAUUAUGAACUGGUCUCUGACUUUUUCUUGACUUUUCGGUCCUACAUGUCCACAUCCACGGUUCUGGAUCUCCUGAUGGCACGGUUGCGCUGGGCCAUUGCCCGCAUGGAAGACGAUGGCCGCAUCAUUCGUGUUCGGACUUUUGCUGCCCUGCGACAUUGGAUCCUGAAUUAUUUUAUGGAUGAUUUCUAUCCCCAUCCACGGCUUCGAGAGCGUUUCUGCCACGAAGUCAAUAAACUGUAUGCUGAUGUCAAGGCAAGCCCAGUGCAUGGGUUUAGUGACCUCAAACUCUUGCGCGAUCUCAAGCGGUGCUGGAAUGGGCGCUGCUCCCUUUGUUGGGACCCAGCAGAUUUCGAUCUGGACGGCGACCAGGAGAAUGACAUCCAACCUGGAGGUGAUGAUGACUCGGAAAGCGCCCGGACACCCCAGAUUGGGCCGCCUCACGUAGUGCAUCCACGUUGCGACACUCCGCAGACAGAAGUUCUCCGGGGCCCGGCGCACAGUUGGUUCGAGGCCGAAGCCGUUUCUGUGCACCAGCAUCACGAUCAAGGCUUCGAUCCAGUCACGGACUCCCUCAUGAGUGACGGCAGCUUCCAGGCAACUUCAUGCUUUCCUCACAAAAAUCUUCUUCGUCUGGGUGCCGACCCUGAUUCAACGUCGCGAGGUCCUCACCCAGUCUCCGUACAACUCAGGCGGAAAAAUGCACCCUCCAAUUUGCAAGUGAACACGCAGCCCAACUCCGUAUCCAAAGUGUUGGGUCACAGGCGGGGACCUAGCUCGAUCGAUAGUAAUCGUGAGCAUACUCCUCGCAAGACUGAACCCGAAACCCCCGCAGUCGGUUUCGAGGAUGGCGACAUGAUCAGAGGUCUCCUUUAUAGUCCUAGCGGUCCCUUUGUGCAAAUAUUGCCAUCAGCUUCCACGCAGUCCCUGAGCAAUACGCAGUCUGGCGAUUCACAAGGCCCGCAAAGGAAGGAACACGGACGCCACGGGAUCACGCAGCCUAUGGGCAGGAACAUAUUUGGGUCUCUGCGAAAAGUCCUCGGGAACAGGCACGGACACGCCGACGUGACACUGAUGAGUGUUUCACAAUCUACGACCGACGUUCCAAUUAGAACUCACAAGGCGCCAAUGCCUCUAAACGUCUCCAAGUCAUAUGAUGAGCUUCGGGGCAAGGCUGUGCCUACCAAGGUGAAGAAAGCCGAGGUCCGCAUUGAUCUUCUGUGCGCUGCAGUAUGUCAGAAUUACGAGACUACAUUUCCCACCAAACGUCAAGUCCAUUAUAGUGCCCUACUGGGCAAACGAACCUCGUUUGAAGCGAUGGAUAUGGAUGACAGUCAAGACAAAAGGCUGCGAAUGACCAGUCAUGCCACCGCUCAAAGCGGUUCAAUCUUGAUCGUCGAUGGAACAGGCCUCGAUCUGCCUGUCAUGGCUGGUGCUCUUCAGGCGGACAGCCGAGGCUCUUUGCAUGAAGAUCCCGCCUUGAUACCACUGCCUCCAGAGGUACCGGUAGGCGAUGAUGGACUGAUGAGCGACGAUAGUUUCGAUGCGAUUGCCACUCAGCGAAGCUCUAAUCUCUUUGGAAACCAGUUGGGCUUGGGCGCUGGAAGCAACGACACCCUUGAGCAGCUGACGAGUAGUCCGCUACUACCUGAACCUGUGCAACGCGAGCAUGAAUUUGAAGACCUCUCACUGGACAGACGUCCACUUUCGCCUACUACCGCUAGUUCCGGCACAGUACGGGGAGGAAGCGGCUCCCUUGAUAUUCCUAGACCAAUGACGGAGGAUACUGAGUUUCAGGAAAAUGCUAGUCCAGUCAAUGACGACGGUGGACUAUCGCACGAAGAGGCGAAAUCUCAUCCAGACAACAAAUUACCAGCCCAGACCUUGAGGAGAAGGCCUGGGGGCAACCUGCGACGAGUGGAAAAUGUUCAGCAGCUCGAUCAGGCGAUUCACCACUCUUCCCUCUAUACUGCCAGCAUUGCGUCUGUAUCUUCCCAUGAGUCUUUGUUACUCAGGAAGACGGUAACCCGUCGUGCUUCGGAAGGAGGGCCACGGCCUGGAAAGCCGAUCUCGAUGAUCAAUACCCACUCUUCCCAGCAUCUUCGCCCUUCAUUCGAAGCUGCUGUGGCAGGUUUCUCUGCCAUCCCCGAUGACGACGACGGUGGGUUGGAAGCGACACUCAUGAAACUAGAGGGAACGUAUGAGAAGAAAUCACCUCCGAUCGACCGGCACCCUCAUGACAUGGCUGGACAUCGUAGGUCCUUGCCAGAUUUGAGGAUGACAUCACAGUUGGAACUCGAGGGGCCACUGCAGCCUUCAAUCACUGCUGAGCGAAGACCUGAAGAGCGUGUAGUACAUGAGACAGUACAAGAACUAGGACCUGAAGACAGCCAGGAAGAUUUGAUCUCAGAGAAACCCGAGGUUUUGGAGAUCAAACCAUCGUCUUCUCGAAGAUCGUCAAUAUUUGGGCUGCCCACCGAGUCUGUGGCCGACUCUGAAGAUUCAUAUGGUUCUCUCCCGCUGCUCAGGCGCGAGACGGCUCACGACAGCGCUACUGAAGCAGUGCCUGCUCAGAGUAAGCACAGGCCUCCUCCUAUUGCUCCUGGUUACUGGGCACAAGAUCCUCCUCAAUUGUUCCACUUGCCAAAAGGACCGCCACCCAGUGCAACCAAAUCACGGCAUAGCUUCCCUAGACCAGAGACAGCUGGCAAUGAUAGUAAUCGAUCCUUUCUGCUGGACGAGGAUGAAAAUCUGUCUGAUUUGUCGUCCGAGAUUUCGGUCGAUAUUAUCAAUUACUCCGAGAUGAUAGGACGCUCUAUGUCUCCGAUGCUCGCUGCACCAGGAACCGCCAUCUCUGGACUGGAGAUCCCUGCUCAUCCUCUGACGUACGCCUCGGUGGUCAAUCUCAACGUUCCGGAACCCACCACUAGAGUGUCGGAUCCUCUCCCACAGACCGGUACCGUUCCGUCGCAGGCACCAGCAUCUCUUGCUCGUCCAGGACUUCGGGCUCCUGGUUCGUCGUCUCAGAUAAUAACGCGACUGCCGGCUGGUCCGGCUCACUUACCAUUUGUCCUUGCAUGUGACUCACAAGUCCUUGCUCAGCAGAUGACUCUGGUCGAGAAGUCGGCGCUCUGUGAGGUCGAAUGGUCUGACCUCGUUGAAAUGCAUUGGAAUAACAAGGCUGCGGACGUUUUGGACUGGGUUGAAUGUCUUGCUGAUGGAAGUAUUCGUGGUAUUGACUUGGUCAUCACUCGCUUUAACCUUGUCGUUAAGUGGGCGGUGUCCGAGAUUGUGCUCACCCAUGAUAUCUACGAACGAGCACGAGUCAUUACGAAAUUCAUCCACGUCGCAGCUCAUGCGAGAAGACUGCAUAAUUACGCAACCAUGCUGCAGCUAACUAUAGCCCUCACAUCGACGGACUGCACACGACUUACAAAGACCUGGGAUAUGGUCUCUAGUCCGGACAAGUCUCUGCUCAAGCACAUGGAGGCGCUUGUACAACCCAUUCGCAACUUCCAUGAUCUUCGUCUGGAGAUGGAAUCAGCUGAUCUCAGUGACGGCUGUAUUCCUUUUAUUGGUUUAUAUGUGCAUGACUUGACCUACAACGCACAAAAACCGACCCACAUCCCUGGUGGACGUGGUCAAGAGACUUUGAUAAACUUUGAGCGUUAUCGCACAACGGCAACUAUUGUCAAGGGGCUUUUGAGGCUAAUUGAUGCAAGCUCAAGAUACACCUUCGCACCAGUACAAGGUAUUAUCGAACGAUGUCUUUGGUUGGCCGCUUUGGGGGACGAUCGUAUUCGACGUGCCAGCAAAGCUUUGGAACCAUGA